CUGAGCCUCGCCCCCGUAAGAGGGCCGUGACGGCGCAUGCGCAGAGAAGCCACGCUAAAGGAGCCCUAUAUUUUCACUGUCAGAGCAUUGAGGGGCGAGUCGACUACCGUGUGGACUUGGACCGAUCAGAGCAGAAGAAAAAGAAUGUUUGUUCCUGUGGGGUCCAGCCAUCCCUGGUAGAGAGGGUGAGGCUCUGGAAGCAAUCAGCUGUCCGUUACCCAUCACCGGGUCAUUCAUAACAACACACUAACGUGAAAUUAGUCUCGACUUAACUGGCACUAGCAGGGAGAUGACGAAGGGAGGAGAGGCUAAGACGACGAGUCUGAAUUCCAGAGGGACGUCGGAUGAGUACCACCUCAGAGAAAGACCAAGAGAGGAAGAAGCAAAGAUGAAGAACAAAAUGACCGGCUCUCAAGGACCUGGAAAUGUGAAGAAAAGGCUGUGGUCUUGGGGUCAGUACCUGGAUGAAGAGAUGGCAGUGGCUGCCCCCAUCAGAGCAUUCACAGAGCUGCAGGUGGCCCCCCAGGGCCGGAACGGCUUCAAGGCCGGGAUGCUGCUGGAGGGCAUCGACCCCCUCCACCCCUCCAAGUUCUGCGUGCUGUCAGUGGUGGAGGUGAUUGGCUACCGGUUGCGCCUCCAUUUUGAUGGCUACCCGGAGUGCUAUGACUUCUGGGUAAAUGCUGAUUCUCCAGACAUAAAGCCAGCUGGUUGGUGUGAAAUGACUGGUCACAAGCUUCAGCCUCCCAAAGGUCAUAAAGCAAAUGAGUUUAACUGGGCAAAUUACCAAGAGGCCUGCAACACUCAAAUUGCACCAAAGAAUCUGUUUAAAAACCAAAACAAGCAGACUGUGACCAGCUCCAAAUUUCAAGUGGGCAUGAAGCUGGAGGCUGUCGACAGGAAGAACCCCUGUCUGGUCUGUGUGGCGUCUGUAGCCGACAUCAUAGACGAUCGCUUCCUGGUUCACUUCGACAACUGGGACGACACGUACGACUACUGGUGUGACGCCAGCAGCCCACACAUCCACCCAGUGGGCUGGUGCCAUGAUCACGGACGACCCCUCACUGCACCUCAGGGAUAUCCCAAUCCGGAAUGUUUCUCAUGGGAGGAGUAUCUAGAAGAUACUGGCUGCUUGGCUGUGCCAAGCGAAGCUUUCUGCAUGGGGGCGCCACACAGGUUACAGAUGAACAUGAAGCUAGAGGCUGUGGACAGAAGGAACCCCAUGCUUAUACGGGUGGCCACCAUCAUCGACUCUGAAGACUACAGGGUGAAGGUCCACUUCGACGGCUGGCAUCACAAGUUUGAUUUCUGGGUGGAUUCGGACCACUCGGACCUGCACCCCGCAGGGUGGUGCGCCCAGACGGGCCACCCGCUGGAGCCGCCCCUGCGCCCAACAGACAUCAAGCCCUCAGCCAAUCAGGGUGUGUGUCCGACGCCAGGAUGUAGGGGUGUGGGCCACAUCAGAGGCCCACGCUACACAGGCCACCACAGUGCCUUUGGGUGCCCGUACUCAGAGAUCAACAUGAAGAAAGAGGCUUCGCUCCCGGACCGUCUGGGGGGAGAGCGCCACGUCACCAUGGUCCCCGUGCAGUUCGUCCAAAAAACCAAGACGGUCAGUCCAGCAGAGGUGGAGGAGAAGGAGGACUGCCACAUGGAGAUGAGGGCCGUGAUGUCAGAGAGCGACGGGGCGAGCCGACUCAGGGGAAGGUACGCUUCGAACCCGGCGAAGAGAGAGCGCGGGGAAGACCCCGUCAUUCAGGGACAGGAAGCUCUCUCUCCCACCAGGAAGACACCCAGGCUGCAGAGCAGGCAAGCGGAGUCAGCGAAACGUCUGGAAAUCGAGGAGGAGGAGGAGGAUACUGACAUGCAGAGUUUGCUCAGAGGGGACGAUGUGGACAGCUUGGAGCGAGCGCUGCACCAGUCGGUCUUCCUGUCGGCCGCGCCCGCCGGGCCGGGCUGCGAGCUGACCCUGUGCUGGGAGCAGCACUGUAAGCUCCUGCCGGGCGUGGCACGGGAGACGGCCAGCCGCGUGGCGCACUGGACCGUGGAGGAGGUUGCCAGUUUCAUCCAGACCCUCCCAGGCUGUGAGGACCCCGCAGAGCGUUUCAGAGAGGAGCAGAUAGAUGGGAAGUCAUUCCUGCUGCUGACGCAAAGCGACAUCGUGAAGAUCAUGAGCGUGAAGCUGGGCCCGGCUCUCAAGAUCUACAACUCCAUUCUCAUGUUCAGGAAUGCAGAGGACAACCAAUCAGGAAGCGCUGACACCAACACAUGAGCCACUCCCACUCAGUCCCAGCAACUUUAGUAAUGGCUUUUUUCCUGCCAUAUUGUGAUUUUGUUAGUAGCUUUGAACUGUUUUUUCAAGUUCUUGCAUUUUUGUUACUUUCACAGGAUAGUAAGUUUGGCAGUAGCUGACUAUAACCUAAACUGUUGUGCUAUUAGUAAAACAUGUUAUUAAAAGUGUAGGACAACCCA